AUGUUUCCCCCAGGAGGAGACGCGAAUGGCGGAGGCUACCAAGAAGACCUGAACAACAUCCUUUGUUGUCCAGACUGCAAAGAGAUCCCGCCCAACCUAGUGGAAGAGUUCUCCAGCGGUGAUAUGGUGUGCCAGAGCUGUGGUGUUGUCGUCGGCACCCGUAUCAUCGACACGCGGUCGGAAUGGCGUACCUUUGCCAACGACGAUCAUGGUGGCGAUGAUCCCAGCCGUGUCGGCGGUCCGCAGGAUGAGUUCGUGGAAGGCGAACAGCUUGCGACGACUGUCGCCUUCUCCGAGUCUAAGGCACACAAGGCUCUCUCGCGGACCCAGAACAACGCCAACCAGGAUAAGGCGCAGAAGGGAUUGAUGCAGGCCUACAAAGAGAUUGUUUCGCUCUGUGAAGCCAUCAACAUGGGCCAAAACGUCUCCAACGCUGCCAAGCACAUUUUCAAACUCGUCGACAAGCACAAGUUCAUGAAGGGCAAGCCUCAGGAAGCUGUGAUUGCCGGAUGCAUCUUCAUCGCCUGUCGGCAGAACAACGUACCGCGAACGUUUCGUGAAAUCUUCAACCUCACCAGUGUCAGCAAGAAGGAAGUCGGCCGCGUCUUCAAGCAGCUGCAAAAGUUUCUCCAAAAGCUGCAGGAUACCGAGGGCGAGGGCGCGACGGGCUUGAACACUGUGACCAAUUACGAAAAUACCUCUGUUGGUGCCGAAGAUCUUUGCAGCCGGUACGUGUCGCAACUCGGCUUCAAGAACCAGCAAAAGAUUUCCAAGAUUUCCCGAGACUUGGCGGAGAAGGCAAACGACAUCUCGGCGCUUGCUGGACGAUCUCCCCUCUCCGUGGCUGCCGCGUGCAUCUAUAUGGCUUGUCAUCUUGUCGGCGAACCUCGCUCAUCGCUUCCUAUUGCGAAGCAAGCGGGUGUUAGUGACGGCACUGUGAAGACAGCCUAUAAGCAUCUUUUUGCCGCCCGUGAGCAGCUCAUUAAAAAGGAAUGGCUUGAGGAUGGUGGUAGUAUGGACAACAUCCCCCAGGUGCAGGCAUAA